GUAUAUUUUUGUGCAUUCUUUUAUUUUUCAACUUGUACAGCAGUUUACUUAUGGUGGAAACCUUUUCCUAUCCAAACGAUCUCAAGUCAUUGACUGGAUGAAAGUUGAAUGCCACCACCGACUACCAAUACUGGACCAGCCUUUCGAAAACCACGUAUACCAUUCAAACUGGCCUCCUUCAAAGUUCCCACACUAACGCAGACCGGGCAACAUAUAGGGUUUGCUAUGACUUUAGAAGAUCUCAACAUCGAUAUCUGUUGUCUAUCUGAGACCCGUAUUCAAGACUCUAGUGAAGUACUACAAAUUCGCUCUCCAUCUGUCACUUCGAAAAGCUUGUUUUUUGCGCGUUUAUACACGGACACUGUGGCAUCUUCGUCUGGUGCUGCUAGCAUGAGUUGCUGCUCCUUUAGGAGUACUUAUGUGGACUAUGAUCAUGCGCUUGUUUGCGCUAAUCCCAUCUUACGCAUCAGUGGACAACAAAUUCAUCACCCUAAAAGGAUUGGUGUCAGCAAAUUGGUUGCAGCUUCUGUUGCAACUAAAUAUCAAACUCAACAAGGUUCAAGGCUAACUAUUAGCCCAAUUAAAAGUAUAGAUGAGCAUUGAAUGCAAUUGCAUGACGCCAUGGAAAUAACAAAUAAAGUCGCUUGUGGCUUCGAGAAACGUCCCACUUAUAAACAUUAUGUUUCUACAGGCUCCUCACAACUGAUAAAAGCACGUAGGUCGACUUCAGGUGACUGCGAGUAUGACGACAAACGGAGGUUGUUUCGUAAUGAAAUUGUGCAAAGCCUGCGUAAUGACCGGAAAAUUGUAUGUUAACACCGAAUACGAGAACUGAAGCAGUUUUCUGAAACC